GAAUACUGUUGAAAACCCACACCAGCAACAAUCGAGUUUGUAGCCGAAUAGAAACACCUAUUUUUGAACGUGCCUAGCUGUUCUUUCCGUCGGAGCAGACAUUCUAUGAAUCACGCGGUGCCAUCUGGCAUCAUAGCUGAUUCCUUUUAAACCGUCUCUAAGACGAAAUUUAACAACACAUUUUUUAGCCAAGGAUCUUGGGAGUAAAAUGACCUCUCCAAUCAACCUCGGCACUGCUCAAGUCGAUUUAGUCAAGGAUCCGCGCACCGGGUUCGGCGCUAUAGUUCGCUCCACCAGCCAGAAGCCCGGCCUAGAGGUGAGCGGCCUCCUCAAGGGAGGGGCUGCCGACAACAGCGGAAAGGUCCAGCUGGGGGACACCAUCACGUCCAUCCAGGGGGUCGAUAUCACACACCUACAGUACUCUGCCGCCGUGGACGUGCUCCAGAAGUUCCCCAUUAACAAACCGCUGCGGCUGACAAUGAAUAAAUAUGCCGGGCUGGGUUCUGAAGAAGAACCGAAAGCCGUUGCGAUCAGAACGCCCAUCGGACAGCAUUCCCCAUUGAGACGCUUGUCAGCCGGCAUCAAUAUGAGAAGCCCCUCUCAUUUGGCCAUAAGGCGGGAUUUAAGUAUUCAAGUUCUCCCGGAUCAAGAAAACAGGCAGCAGAGAGACAGUGACUCAGUAACUCCAGAUUUCGAGGUGGGCGCAGCCAAAGAGAGAGGGACCUUUUUACAGAGGUUUUCUGUAUUGGAAUCGUUUCGGAAAAUUUCGGAGAGGGUUCAGUCGGUGGUUUUCGGCUCGUCGCGUUGCCAGAGAACCGCUCGGGCAUGCGACUGCUCAUUUAAGACGUGCAUGAAGUCCAAGGAUACCGACUCAACCACGGGCCAGGAACUGUCUCUUGUUCAACUCGAACAGAACGGCGUUGAAAAGGGCAAUCCGAAGUCGACUCACUCAGCACAUGGUGUUGUUCCACACACUAACAUCAACAGUGCGGUGAGCCAAAACUCGUGUAGCUCGAAACCUCGUGAUACUCGACCCGAGGCGAGGCCACUCUGCACGAGGCAACCUCUAGACGCUCUGGGCACCGUCGUGGAAGAGGGACGCGGUCUUCCGCCUAACGACGCCCCUGGGAACGCUGCGGUAGCCCUGGAGAGUGAAGUCAGAAUGGCUGAUGAGGACGGCAGGAUAAAAAACGGCCGCUCUAGGAAGAUGUCCAACUCGAGUGAGGUGAAUGGUCACGCGGGCUCAUGUCCAGUUAUCCGACCACCAGUUCCGGUCACUUUGCUCAAUAUCGCCACAGGGGUGAGCACAGAGGACACGCUGCACCAGCAGGCAGUGCAGCGCGGGGUUGACUGCUCCUCUGAAAAGUGUCAUGGCUCCAGCAUGUUUCCCAAGAGAUCGAUGCGCCUAGGCACCGAACCACGUGACCUCGCGGAAGUGAAGCGACAAGCUUCCGAGCUUGUAGACUUGUAUUAUGCCUCCAUUAAAAGAACCAACACUCCAGCACAUAAAGCAAGGCGUGACGAGGUCAUGGCGUCAUUAGAUAACACAGGGACCUAUGAGUUGACCUCGCAAGAACUGACAUUUGGCGCAAAAACUGCCUGGAGAAACGCCCCGCGCUGCAUAGGCAGGAUACAGUGGUCUAAGCUCCAGGUGUUUGACGCCCGUCAUGUGCGCACUACCACCGGAAUGUACCAGUCUAUAUGCGAUCACAUACGAUAUGGGACAAAUAACGGCGUGAUACGAUCAGCAAUAACGAUCUUUCCCCCUCGUACAGACGGUUGCCAUGACUUCCGUGUCUGGAACCCUCUUCUGAUUGGUUAUGCCUGUUACAAACAACCAGAUGGCAGUGUUAUCGGAGACCCGGCGAACGCAGCCAUUACAGAGGUCUGUAUGAAACUGGGAUGGAAGGGGAAAGGGGGGCGUUUUGAUGUCUUACCCUUGGUCCUGUCUGCUAAUGGAGAAGAUCCGGAAUUGUUUGAAAUCCCGGAAGACCUGAUACUGCAGGUUAAGUUAACUCACCCAAAAUACCCUUGGUUUGCCGAGCUCGGGCUCCAGUGGUUUGCCCUCCCUGCGGUGGCCAGCCUCAUGUUUGACUGUGGAGGGAUAGAGUUCACGGCCUGCCCCUUCAACGGCUGGUACAUGGGCACAGAGAUAGCCACACGUGACCUGUGUGACCAGUCCAGGUAUAACAUUAUUAAGGAAGUAGCUGACAGAAUGUGUCUUCACACCGGUACUCCUGUGACACUGUGGAAAGACCAGGCAUUGGUCGAAGUGAACAUCGCUGUACUUCAUAGCUUUCAGGAGGCAGGCGUCACCAUCGUAGACCACCACACGGCCGCAGAGACGUUCAUGCACCACAUGAGGCGAGAAGUGGCGACCCGGGGGGGCUGCCCUGGGGAUUGGGUGUGGAUCGUACCCCCUAUGAGCGGAAGUCUGACACCCGUGUUUCACCAGGAGAUGGUGUGUUAUAAACUUCGACCUUCGUACGAAUACCAGGAGGCCCCGUGGAUUACACACAAGUGGAAAAACCGACAGAUAGCCCAAGUAGAGAGAAAAUCGAAGGAGAAGAAGGAAAAGAAGAAAAUUAGAUUUAGGGACAUUGCCAGAGCUAUUCGAUUUACAUCUAACAUGAUGACGACGGCGUUAACCCGACGCAUCAAGUGCACAGUGCUGUUUGCCACGGAGACCGGCAAGUCAGAGAUCUUUGCUCGCUCGCUUUCUGGUAUUUUCAACAAGGCGUUUGACACAAGGCUGGUCUGUAUGGAGGACUACGACGUGGUGGAGCUGGAGCACGAAACACUGCUGCUGAUAGUGACCAGUACCUUUGGUAGCGGAGACCCGCCUGACAACGGCAAGACGUUCGCUGAAGCUUUGGACGGGAUGGUGCGUUCACUCCCAGAAGAAAUGUUCAGGACGGGCGAGAAUGUCAAGAAAAUAACGCAUAGCCAAAGCAUUCAAGAUAUCGGAGGAGCUCUUCCUUUAGAAAAUAUAAGGUUCUCUGUGUUUGCCCUUGGGUCCCGGGCAUAUCCGGACUACUGCGGGUUUGGUCACUACCUGGAUGGGAUCCUGUACCAGCUGGGGGGUGAGAGGGUGUUAAAGAUGGCAGACGGGGACGCGCUCUGUGGGCAGGAUGACGCCUUUAGACAGUGGAGUAACCAGGUGUUGCAGGCAUCUUGCCAGCAGUUCUGUAUUGAUGAUGGAUUGUACAAAGAGGUCACCCAAUCCUCUGACCUUCAGGGUCAUUCGUGGCAGGAGGGAGUGUUCCGCCUAGUGACGUCAGAGGGGCUAGACAGCCCGGAUGCAGAUGGAGAACUUUGCAAAGGUCUGUCUGCUAUACACGGUAAGACCCUUGCCCCGUAUAGAAUCACAGAGAGGCGGAAUUUACAAGGAAAUAAUUCUGGGCGGAGAACACUAUUUUUGAGACUGCAGUCAGACAAAGAUCACGUGAUCACCCACGUUCCUGGUGACCAUUUGUCUGUUUCUCCGGCGAAUUCAGAAAGCACGGUCAACGAGAUACUGGCUCGUCUUGACGACUGCCCUGACCCCGAUCGGACAGUGGCUGUAGAAGAGUUUAAACCUUGUAGUGAACCUUGGGGUCCUAUUGGGAAAUGGGUCAGAUACAAGCGUCUGCCACCUUGCAGCGUUCGGACUGCGAUCACGUGGUACCUUGACGUCACGACCCCGCCAGUGCCAAAGCUACUUGCCAACCUGUCUUGUUUUGCGACGGAUGCAUCUGAAAAGGCCAAGCUAGAGGAAUUAGCCAAGGAUGAAAACGCCUAUGACGACUGGAAACAUGAGACAGCUCCAACCAUUCCAUAUAUACUCCAGAAAUUUCCCAGCAUUCGCUUGCCUGCUUCCUUUCUGCUGACGCAACUUCCGCUUUUGAUGCCGAGGUUUUACAGCAUCAGUUCCUCUCCAGAACUCCACAAAGGCGAAGUGCACCUGACAGUAGCCGUGGUUGAGUACAGGACCAAGGGUGGCGCUGUGAGGAAGGGCGUGUGCUCCUCGUGGUUCGAUACAAUGGCCAUCGGCUGUGUGGUCCCCGCAUAUGUGAGACCUGCUCCACGGUUCCACCUCCCCGCAGAUAGAUCUUUACCGGUUAUAAUGGUUGGACCCGGAACUGGAAUAGCACCAUUUCGGGGCUUCUGGCAGCAACGAUAUGUAGAGAGGCAAAGGGAUAAUUCCAAUAAUUUUGGAGACAUGCAUUUAUAUUUUGGGUGUCGCCAAAAGUCCCACGACAAGUUAUACCACGAGGAAAUUAGUCGCAUGAGGUUAGGUGGUGCGUUAAGUAAGGCUUUUGUAGCUCUGUCACGAGAACCCGGUAUACCAAAGAUGUACGUUCAAGACUUGCUUCGUGAGAACAAAGCCGAAGUUUACAGGGACAUCGUGGAGAAAGGUGGCCAUUUCUACGUUUGCGGUGAUAUCUCCAUGGCAGCUGACGUGAAUCGCACAAUCAAGACAAUCCUGAUCGAGAGUGGGAUGACAGAGGAUGAUGCAGUCAGUUACCUGAAACAAAUGUCUAGAAACGGUCGAUAUCACGAAGACAUAUUCGGUGUGACGUUGCGUACAUCGGAGGUGACGGCAAUCAAACGGCAGAUUUCCUUGCAGAUUUUGAGGACGCCGUCAGACGCGUCCAGCACUUCCAGCCUAAUGGACAUACCGGAAGUAUAGGUGUAGGCCCUAUAUCGUUUACCGCAACGUCGGGCCUUAGCUUAUUUGGGUGAAAAUCGUUGUGGUGUGGCAGGUGUGAAUCAAUUCUUUAGAACAAGUGUAAAGGGGUUCUGAAACAAAGACUCCCUCCACUGAUACAUUGUACGUUUUUGAUAGGUCAGAGAUAUAGGGCGACAUCCGGGCAACCACAAUAGAGGUACUUAAUUGUGUCGCAUGGGACUUUUGCAUUAGAUUGUAGGUUUAUCUGUAUUGAACUCAGGCAAGAUUAUAUGAUCAGAGAGAGAGAUGCAAAAGACAUGUUUUAUUCUGCUGUAUUUCAGAUCUGAUUCAAUUUAUUCAAUGCAAGGAGGACGUUUUCUUGUUUGAAUUGAUGAAUUAUUUUGUGAUUGGUUGCCGUGAAAAUAUACCCAAAAAUGCUCUAAGAAAGAAAUUUAAUUGCGAGAUAAUACACAUAAUUGCUGAAUGGCUGUAGGCAAGACUAUGAUAAGGCAUGACGCAUUGAUCAAAUGCUUUGAAUGAACAAAAAUCUUCAAUUCAUGGGCAUUUGGCAUCAGGGUGAUCUAGAGUAUCCAAAGGCACAAUCAAAUCCUUUCUAAUGGGAUAUUUCGAGCUAAAUUUUGCUUCUGUGCCUUUAAGAACCCUGGAGGUGUGUAGGCACACGUUCUGGUACUUGGCUGUUCACAUUGGUUUGAUGCAUUUUCUUUUAUAUUCUGAAUGUUAAAUGUUUUGACCAAGAAUCGUAAGAGUGAUCUACUAGUAUAUUCAGAUAGAGUGCAACACCGAUAAUUUGCUGCUUAUUUUGCAUGAAACAACAAGCUUGAGGAUUUUUUAUAGCCGAUCAAAUGAAACCAGGCCCGUAGCCAGGGGGGUUCGGGGGUUCAAAAGAACCGCUCCUUUUGGUGGAAAA